GCCAUUCAAGUUUAAAACUUCUAUAAUGCUGUGGAAUGAAAGAACAGGAACUCACUUACUCUUUCUGCUUUCCAGUUUGAAGAGGAAUUUAUAGACACCCCAGAGGACUUUGAAAAGCUGAAAAAUGAUGGCAGUUUGAUUUUCCAGCAAGUGCCAAUGGUGGAAAUUGAUGGGAUGAAGCUGGUGCAGAGCAGAGCCAUUCUCAACUACAUCGCCGCCAAACACAACCUCUAUGGGAAAGACAUCAAGGAGAGAGCCCUGAUUGAUAUGUACAUAGAAGGUGUGGCAGAUUUGAAUGCCAAGUUCCGGCUUUUACCCGUAACCCCACCCGAUGAAAAAGAUGCUAAGAUUACCCUGAUCAAAGAGAGCACAACAAAUCGUUAUUUGCCUGCGUUUGAAAAAGUGUUAAAGAGCCACGGACAAGACUACCUGGUUGGCAACAGGCUGAGCAGGGCUGACAUCCACCUGGUGGAACUUCUUUACCUUGUUGAAGAGCUUGACCCCAACCUUCUGGCCAACUUCCCUCUGCUGAAGGCCCUGAAAGCCAGAAUCAGCAACCUGCCCACCGUGAAGAAGUUUCUGCAGCCUGGUGGGGCGAGGAAACCUCCAGUGGAUGAGAAAAUUUUAGAAAAAGCAAGAAAGAUUCUCAAGGUUUGAUAAAGCAGGCCUGGCCCCCAGCACAGGCAGGACCGAUCUUCUGAAGUUUUCCAACAGUCACGUGCUUGACCCACAUGUAGACCCUGAGUAUUGUCAGACUAAUAAACUAAUCCGUUGUUUAAAUGCUAAUUUACCAAAAAUCCACUAUGCAGAUUUACUUGCAAGGCAAUCCAUUUGUUUUGAUCAAAUAUGAAAUUAUUAUUUCCUCCUAGGAUGUCUCCUGGACUUAAAAAUAAACAUAAGCAGAAAAA